AGGUGCCCCCCUCCUUGAAUCCCACUUUAUAAACAGGCCUGCGCUCUGGGCAGGGCGGCGGUAUGUGUUUACGAUAACCUGAGUUCCAAGCACGCAUGUGCGGAGCACUAUCUCCGGCGGAGCACUAUCUCGCCUCCCCUAUUCUCUCCUCUAAGGAGUCCAAAGGAUACAACCUGGGUAUAAAAGCCACCGGCCGACCUGUUGGGCUGUAAGAGGAAGCUCUGGUUGCCACAUAGGGUGUCUCUGCGUGUCUAUGUUUUUGUCUACCUAGAUGCUGCCUUCUUGGACCAUCGGACUUCUCCUGCUGGCCACAGUCAGAGGAAAAGAGAUCUGUUAUGGACAUCUUGGCUGCUUUUCUGAUGGAAAACCAUGGACGGGGAUCCUUCAGAGGCCUUUAAAGUUAUUUCCCUGGGCUCCCAAGGACAUUGACACCCGCUUUCUUCUGUACACCAAUGAAAAUCCGAACAACUUCCAACUGAUCACUGCCACUGAUCUAGACACUGUCGAGGCUUCAAACUUCCAACUGGAACGCAAGACACGCUUCAUCAUCCAUGGCUUCAUAGACAAGGGGGAAGAGAGCUGGCUGCCGGACAUGUGCAAGAAAAUGUUUCAAGUGGAGAAGGUGAACUGCAUCUGCGUGGACUGGAGACGUGGGGCAAAGACACAAUAUACCCAAGCGGUGCACAACAUUCGGGUUGUGGGAGCAGAGAUAGCUUUCUUAAUACAACGGCUGUCGACCGAGCUGGGCUACGGCCCCGAGGACGUGCACCUGAUCGGCCACAGCCUGGGCGCGCACGCGGCGGCCGAAGCGGGCAGGAGGCUCGGCGGCCGCGUGGGCAGGAUCACAGGACUGGAUCCAGCAGAGCCAUGCUUCCAGGGCACGCCUGAGGAGGUUCGGCUGGACGCAUCGGAUGCCAUGUUUGUGGAUGUGAUUCACACGGACUCUGCUCCCAUGAUCCCUUUCCUAGGUUUUGGAAUGAGCCAAAAGGUGGGCCAUCUGGAUUUCUAUCCAAAUGGAGGAAAGCAAAUGCCUGGAUGUCAGAAAAAUGCCCUUUCAACCAUCGUUGACAUAAAUGGACUAUGGGAAGGAACCCGAGACUUUGUGGCGUGCAAUCACCUAAGAAGCUAUAAGUAUUACUCAAGCAGCAUCACCAGCCCCGACGGCUUCCUGGGCUACCCAUGUGCCUCCUACAAUGACUUUCAGGAGGGUAACUGUUUCCCUUGUCCACCUGAAGGAUGCCCCCAAAUGGGGCACUAUGCUGACCAAUUUCAGGGGAAAACCAGAGCUGUGGGACAGACCUUUUUCCUGAACACAGGAGACAGUGGUAACUUUACGCGUUGGAGACAUAGGGUAUUGGUCACACUGGCUGGAAAACGGAAAACAAGCGGGUACUUCAGGAUUGCUUUGUAUGGAAGUAACGGGAACUCAAAACAAUAUGAAAUUUUCAAAGGAUCCCUCCAACCACAUGCAAGUCAUAUGCGUGACAUUGACGUGGACAUCAAUGUUGGAAAAAUCCAGAAGGUUAAGUUCCUCUGGAACAACCAUGUGAUCAAUCUGAUCCGGCCCAAGCUGGGGGCUUCGCAAAUCACGGUGCAAAGCGGUGAAAAUGGGACUGAGUAUAAUUUUUGUAGCAACGACACAGUGUCAGAAGAUGUUUUACAGUCUCUUUACGCUUGUUAAAAACGUGGUACUCUCUUAUAUCUUUGCGGAAAUAAAUUCUUUAACGCCCUCGG